GCGGCCCCGCGUAGCUACCUGCGUGCGCGCGCCCCGCCGCCGCUCGCCCUUCUUAUAGCGCCGCAGCGACGGGCGCGGUGACUAACGCGGAGACGGACGGGCGGUAUGGCGGCCUCGCUGCUGUUGGCGCUGGGCCUCGUGCUGCUGGACGCCCAGGCCACCUCUGCGGCCGCUGGCUUCCUCACUGCCCCCCUGUCACAGGAGGGGCGGGCGGGGGGCAGAAUCCAGCUGCACUGUGAGGCGGUUGGCAUCCCUGUGCCCGAGAUCCAGUGGUGGUUUGAAGGGAACCAGCCUGGCGACCCCAGCUCCCAGCUCUGGGACGGCGCCCGGCAGGACCGUGUCCACAUCCACGCCACCUACGGCCAGCACGCAGCCAGCGCCAUGUCCAUCGAGGGGCUCCGUGCCGAGGACGCGGGCACCUACGAGUGCCGUGCCAGCAACGACCCCGACCGUAACCACCUGACCCGGGCGCCCAGGGUCAGAUGGAUCCAUGCCCAGGCGAGCGUGGUGGUCCUCGAACCGGGCACUGUGGUGACCACCAUGGACAGCGUGGGCUCGCGGGUGCACAUGGCCUGCGUCCUGAACCACAGUGAUGUCGCUGUUACGGGGCACCAGUGGCUAAGGGAGGGCAAGGUGCUGAAGGAGGACCAGCUGCCUGACCUGCGCACCGAGUACCAGGUGGACAGAGCCAACGGCACAGGCAGAUACUCUUGCGUCUUCCUGCCCUCCACGCUGGGUGAGGCCGAGCUCCUGGUGAGCGGCCCCCCCGUGGUCAAGGCUGUCAAGAAGUCGGAGCACGCCAGCGAGAAGGAGACGGUGACUCUGGUCUGCAAGUCUGACUCCCACCCCCCCAUCGACACCUGGGUCUGGUAUAAGGUGGUGGACUCCGAGGUCCAGGUCAUCACCAACGGCUCCAACAACAAGUUCUUCGUGAGCUCCUCGGAGACCCAGACACAGCUUCGCAUCCAGGACCUGGACAUGGCCUCGGACCCUGGUACCUAUGCCUGCAACGGCACCAACACGGAGGGCACCGGCCAUGCCACCAUCACCCUGCGCGUGCGCAGCCACCUGGCUGCACUCUGGCCCUUCCUGGGUAUCGUGGCCGAGGUGCUGGUGCUGGUCACCAUCAUCUUCAUCUAUGAGAAGCGGCGGAAGCCGGAUGAGCCCCUAGACGACGACGCGGGAUCCGCACCUCUGAAGGGCAGCACACCCCUUGUGAACGACAAAGACAAGAAUGUGCGCCAGAGGAAUGCAACCUGACAGCGCCACCGCCCGGGGGCCUGGCCCCAUGCCCUGGGAGGACCUACGCAGCGGCCUCAGAGCACUGUAGAUGUCCGGGUCUGGUUUUUUAGUCUGCACUAAAACUAGGGUUUUCUACAUGUAGAAUCCUGUCCUUAGCUCUUGUUUUCCCCCUUUUGAAGCCCACACGAGUGCCUGGGAGUCGGCAUGGCCCCAGGGCCCUGGAUGAGCCACCUGCCUAUCGGAAGCCAGCCUGUCCCCUCCCCAGUGUGUUCCCUGUUCUCUCCUGGGGGCCACAGGCCCACUGAGAGGGCCCCAACCGCCUACUGAUGUCUGGGGUCCAGGGUGUUGGACCCCAGAGCUGCCUGCCGUUCCUGGAAUGGAGGGACACCUCCCUCUCCCCUCAUAAUAAAAACAGUCCCCCCA